UAGUUUUACAACCCUUCGUCGCUUCAUGCAUCGUAAACCCGCCGUGUUUCGGAGAAUGCGGUUAUUUAUAAUAACGGCAGCACUACUGCACAUUGGCCUGUGCGAUCAUGUGGCUGUGAAGAUGCCAUACUUGAAUCCGGCGGGGGUGACCUAUGUGAAUGAUUUUGACACACAAAAGACAUCUUUCGUAUAUACCUCUGCGGAUACACCACUACAAACUGUCGCGACUCAUCUUCGAUAUGCAGCAUCUGCGCCUUCCACCAAGAUUGAAACGCAUCACGUCGGAUAUGCGGCCGCUCAAGUACCCACGGUAGCCGCGGUACCUUUUAUCAAGUAUGUGCCGACAAUUUCCCAGGUACCGGUUACCACAAUCGAAGCCCAACCUGGUAUACUACAGAAACAGGUCGACGUAAUAAAGCCUGCAGUUACUACUCGAAAGAUUGAGGUACGUCGUCCAGCGAUCCAAAAACAAUUUUAUGAUAUUGAAGAACGAGUAAUUAUUCGUCCAGUUGGAUCAGCCGUAGUUGAGCUCGACGAGCCAACAUCCAAGACACAGAAAGGACCAGCCGUGAUCCAACCUUUAACUCAAAAUCUACCUCUAUCUUAUCCUCAAAUCCAUGAUAUUUACGCUCAUGCCGGUGCUAUCACCGAUGCACCAGUUGCAUCAGCCGCUAUUCCUGUAAUUGCACAUGCACCUGUUCACGUUACGGUUGCGCCUGUCAUCUCUCAUGCAUCAACCAUUCAUGCAACACCAUCACCCUUGUUACCUCCUUCAUCGACACCUUUACCAACUACCUCUGAUUCCAAUAAUUUGGAAAAUGAAUCUGUUGUGAUUGAAAACCCUGAUUUUCGUGGAACUGCCAAUCAAGCGCGCUCUCCUCAGCUUCGCACUUCGCAUCCUCGUGUAGUCGCUGAAUCAAAUGAGAUAUCUAUGGAUACGCCUAUUGUGCAAUUUACUGCGCAUGAUCCUUCUCCAGCUGUGAUACCCAGUCAGAAAAUUAGUCCUGAAAAUAGUAAAAUUAAUCAAAACAGACUAAUAGAACUCCUUACUGCUCGCGGAGGUGUUGUUGAGUUGAAUUUUAAUCGUGAUGAUGUACCUGGAACAUCAAUUACUAAUGUCGGACACGUCCGAGCACGUGUUCUUUCCGCGACGUCAAUUCCGGAACAUACGGAACCGACCGGCGAACGUGUUUCCACUCGUCGUAUUGUUGUUAGCAGACCAAUCGAGACUUUUCAAGAAUAUGAUAUCGUAGAACCUGCUACGAAGAUUGAGAGAAUUUCCAUACAACAACCUACGUUAAUCAAGACGGCUCAUGUAGAUCAUAUGCAAGUGCAUGGAUCUAUACCGAUUGUUGAGAAGACUCUUACACCUGCAGUAGCUCACACAGCAAUUCCGGUUUAUCAGAAAAUUAUCUCUUCGACGUUUUAGUAGUUAUUAUUAAGUGAAAAAUGUUAGUAAAUUUGCAAAAAAUUUGCCUGUUAUAAUAAUUUUGCGACGGAUGCUUUUCGCUAAAGAUUGAGAAGAAGAGAAAGACAAAAAUUAAAAGAAGUACCCGAAAUUUCUUUAAAAAUGCAAUAAAAAAUUAUAUUUUUUGUUAAAUAAACAUUU